UUUUACGGAAACAAACCUACUCGAUACAAAACUCUAAUAAAUUGUAAAUAAAUCAACUAUAAAUAUACGAAAUGUGGCCGGUAAUAAUGGCACUUUUGCGGCGCAAUGCUGUUUACUUCACAUUGCCAGUUGCUGUAGUUGUGGGAUUUGUUGGCUACAAUCUGGAGAGUAUUAUAUCAGAUAAACAUACACCUUAUAGCCCUUCCAUACAAGAAAUGCGUGCUAAUCGCCUUACUGACGAUACAAUUAUAGAAACUGCCGCCAAUGUUGAGAAAUUGCAGUUAAAAAGUCCGGUGCUAGAGCGAAAUUUGUCUCCGUCUUUGCAGCCAAAAGCAUAAGAUCAGCUGCGAGCAUGUUGUUACCUAAGUUAUCAUCAAUGUUAAAUAAAAUCAAAUAAAAAAAAAAUGUACCGAA